AUGAGGUUCAGUAACAGAUGGAGGACAUGGGUUAUCUCGGUUCUAGUUAAUGGGUCACCAUCGAAACCAUUCAAGAUGGAGAGAGGACUUCGUCAAGGGAAUCUACUGUCACCAUCCUUAUUUGUUUUUGUGGUGGAUGUGUUGAACAGGAUGAUUGGAGAGGCGAUAAGAAAUCAGAGAAUAUCUCCACUGUUAGUGGGUAGGGAUAAUAUAGAGUUAUCACAAUUGCAGUUUGCAUAUGAUAUUAUCUUAUUCUGUCCACUGGAGGAGAAGAGAGUUAGAAACUAUAAGAGACUUUUGAGGUGUUUUGAAAUGAUGUUAGAGUUGAGCAUUAACUUUGAGAAGUCCAGCUUGAUACUAGUAAAUUGUAAUGAGGAGUGGGUUGGACAAAUAUGCCAUUUACUGGGGUGUCAGGCGGCAUCGUUACCGGGGAAGUAUCUUGGCAUUAACCUGGGAGCGAAUUCAAGACUCGUAAAGACAUGGAAGCCGUUAAUAGAUAAGGUAGAGGAACGACUUAGCUUGUGGAAAGCAAAUGUAUUAAGUAAAGGUGGGAAGCUGGUCCUUAUUGAGACAGUUAUGAACAGUCUACCUAUUUACUAUCUGAGUUUGUAUAAAAUGCCAAACGCAGUUGCACAAAAGAUAAUUUCACUGCAGAGAAGAUUCUUUUGGGAAAAAAAAGAUGGUCAGCCUAGCUUGGCCCUAGUAAAAUGGGAGAUGGUACAGGCACCGAAUAAACAGGAGGUUUGGGAGGUGGAGAUUAUAUGGUACGUAAUACUGUUUUAUUUUUUAAAUGGUGGUGAAGAUUCUCAAAGGAGGAGUGUCUAUUGUGGAAGAAGAUUGUGUGCUCAUGUCAUAGCUUGA